GGUUUCUUUAUUAGUUGAACUUUUCAUCUAUUUGUGUUCGCCGAAUAUGAUAUUCUCCAUUUAUAUGAUAAUCCACUUUAUUCUCUGUAUGGGAAAAGGAACGGCAAAGAACAUAUCUUGGAAAUAAAUAUUUAGGCAUUCUGAUCCUUAGAAAACACAAGAUUGUUAUUCAAAUUUUGUAGGGAAGAUUUCUCCAAUGUACUAUUGAAGUGUUUGCUUGACAGGAGAAGAAGAUUUUCGCUGUGUGCAAACAUGCUCAAGGUCACGAAUGAUCAAGUCGCAGGACACAAAGCCGGUGAUGGGAAACUUGGGCCCCUUAUCGAUGAUUUAGGCCGUUUCUACAAGCCUCUUCAGAGUAAUGAACGCGGAUCAAAUGAACUUACUUUCUACACAUCUUUCUCUACAAACACUAGAAUUCCCAGCCCCAUUCGCAGAUUCUUCCCUAACUUUUAUGGCACUCAGCUUGUUGAGGCGUCUGAUGGGUCCAGCUUGCAACCUCAUCUAGUUUUGCAAGAUUUUAAUUUUGGUCGAGUGAAUCCAUCAAUAAUAGAUAUCAAAAUUGGUUCUCGAACUUGGGAUCCACAAGCAUCAGAGGAGUACAUUCAAAAGGGUUUGAAGAAAGAUAGGGAAACUUCAAGCCUUCCAUUAGGAUUCAGGCUAUCCGGGUUCCAAAUCUAUCAAAACAGAGAAUUAGGAUUCUGGAAGCCAGAGAGGACAUUUCAGAGUCUUUCAGCUGAUGAAGUAGACUUACUUCUAAGAAAGUUUGUUUCUUCCAACACAUCUGCAAAUUUGGAUUUGCAACCUGAUUGCUCUUUUGCUUCAAUUGUUUAUGGAGGUUCAACUGGUAUUUUAUCACAAUUACUGGAACUAAAAGCAUGGUUUGAGGAUCAAACUAUCUACCACUUCUAUUCUUGUUCAGUACUUAUGACGUAUGAAAAGGAGUUCGUUUCAAAUGGAAAGAUCCCAUGUGCAGAGAUCAAGCUUAUUGAUUUUGCACAUGUUUACGAAGGCCAGGGAGUUAUCGACCAUAACUUCUUGGGCGGGCUCUGCUCGUUGAUAAAGUUCAUUUCAGAGAUCCUCAUUAGUCCAGAAGAGUGUACAACUGAAGCUUCUCCUAAGGACAUUCAAAAGAAUCAGAUAUAUUUUGAAGAGUUAAUUAAAUGACUCAUCGUCAACAUUUAUAUCUGGUUACUACUUGCCCACUUACAAAUAAAAGGUUACUGAAUGCUCACUAUAGAGCUUUACCCAUCCAUCAUCCUUUCGAUUUAUGUCUAAAGAAUUGAAACUUUGUGCUGCUGCUACUACAAUGUUCAAAUUUAACAUUAGCUACUCAUCUGGAAGCUUAAAGAUUUAUGUGCAUUUUGAUAUCCUUUCUGAUU